GCCACCUUACAGCAACAGGCCGCCGCACCUUCCUCCCUCCCGAGGAGUGGCUGGGAUGUCACGGGAGACUUUCAUCACCUGGGUGUGCCAUGUGACUCACUGGACCAUAGCAUUCCUUCAGUCUGGGAGCUGUCAACAUGCAGUCAGGAGUGGAGGACAGCCUGGCGUGACCUGUUUUUCAGGGCAUGGCUGAUGGAGGGGCCGAUGAGCCGCCCCCCAGGACAGCGAGUGCGGCCGGGGAAGGUCAGGCCUCCGAGGACCGAUUGUUGCUCCAUCAGAGGCUGGCCAUCCGGGAGCUCGUGGACACCGAGUCCUCCUACUUACACAUGCUCCGGCUCUGCGCCAGUGACAUCAGGAGCCGCCUGCAGCAGCUGCCUGCAGGAGAUCUGGAUGUCCUGUUCUCCAACAUGGGGGAUAUCGUCCAGGUGAGCAGCCGAUUUCUUCGUGGCCUGCAGGAGGCGGCGGCGGCCUCCACCGAAGAGGAACAAGUGCACCUCAUUGGCAACUUAUUCCUGGAAUUCCAAGAGGAGUUGGAGCGAGUCUAUAAGGUCUACUGUGCCAACUACAACCAGGCCUUGCUGCUGGUGGAGGCAUACCGGAAGGAGCCAGAGCUGCAGCGGGAGAUCCAAGGCACCAUCGAGGCAGUGGUGCCGCAAGCCGGACCUUCCGGGCUCAGCUUCUUGCUGGUAAGCCCUCUGCAGAGGGUGACCAAAUACCCUCUGCUGCUGCAGAAAGUUCUGGAAAACACGCCCCCAGACGCCCAGGCCCGCUCUGUCCUCCAGAGAGCGACGUCCGCCCUGCAGCAAGUCAACACCAACAUCAACGAGUACAAGAUGCGCAAGGACGUGGGGUCCCCCAGGGCUUACACUGCCCCCUUGUGGACCUUCUUUGCCCUCACCUGUGCAACUGACCACUUUCAGCUGGAAGACAAGGAAUUUGACGACUUGGAGGAGAGAUUCCACUGGGUGUCGCUGUGCGUGACUGAGCUCCGGAGCAACCUGGCUGCCUAUCUGGAUAAUCUGGAGGCCUUCCUCCGCUUUAGGCCGCACGAGCAUCACCUGGACAUCUCCGAGGGGCCUGUGGCGCAGUACUGCCGCUUGGCGACGGAGCUGCAGCUCGGGGCCUUCCUGGAGUUUAAGCAGCGGCUGGAAGGCCUGGUAUGGCGGCCACUGUGCAGCCUGGCCAAAGCCCUCUCCGGCCCUCAGAACCUGAUCAAGAAGCACCUGGACAAACUGUUGGACUUUGAGCGCGUGGAGGAGAAACUGUUGGAGGCGGGCAGCGUGACCUAUGAGGAGGAGGCAGCCCGGCACACGUACCAGGCUCUGCACUCCAUGCUGCUGGCCGAGCUCCCGCGGUUUAACCAGCUGGCCAUGCAGUGGCUGAGCCAGAUCCUGCGCACCUUCGUGACUCUGCAGCAGGACCUUGCACAGCAGGUGCUCCAGAGAGCAGAGAGCAGCUCCGCACAGCUGCCCCACCACCACAUCUCUGAGGCCGCCUUCAGGAAGCUUGUGGAAGAUGUGCUGGGCCAGACCAGUCGCCAACUGCACGCCUUCCGCGAGAACUUCGAGAAAGUGCUGCCACCUCCCACCCUUCAACCGCUCCUUCCGGGGGCCGAGCGCCAGGUGCAGGCCCUCCUGAGCAAGUACGGCCCCGGGAAGCUGUACCAGGUGACGAGCAGCGUCAGCGGAGCUGGGACGCUGGACCUGACACUGCCCCGGGGACACAUCGUGGCCGUCCUGCAAGACAGGGACACCAAGGGCAACAGCGGCCGCUGGCUGGUGGACACCGGGGGGCAGCGGGGUUACCUGCCGGCCGGGAAGCUGAAACUGUACAACGUCGUCCCCGGUGAGGAGCCCAGGAGGCAGCAGCAUUCCCGACCCCUAACACCAGAGCCCACCAUGGCCCCAGGACCCUCUGUCCCUACCAUGACCCAGGUGGUGGCACUGUACCCCUUUGUGGCCAGGAGCAGUCACGAAGUGACUCUGCAGGCGGGCCAGCCGGUGACGGUCCUGGAAGCCCAGGACAAGAAGGGGAAUGCAGAGUGGAGUCUUGUGGAUGUGAAUGGACAGAGAGGCUACGUGCCCUCCAGCUUCCUGGCCAGGACCCCAAGCCCAGCACCCUGGGGCUGGAGACUGCCCUCUUAGGACUUGGAAACCGAAGCUCCCCCAAACAGUCCCUGUUCAAGAGAGAUCCACUCAUCGGGGGACCUAAGGGUGCAGCCCACUGUGGG